CCAAAAGUGGUUGAUGAAUGGAAUUGAACAAUUAAUUUAUAAUAUGAAAGGAUAUAAGAAUGGAAGCUGCAUUUAUCGAAUAUGAACGUUCGCGUAAAUUUCAUUCCUCAUUAAAAGGGAAAAGAAAAAAUGCGCCAUGCUCUCGGUCAGACAAGCAUGCGAGGGAGGAUUAAUCGCGAUCCCGAAAAAUUCGCAUACACCCGAAGACGCGGUAAAUAAUCUCACGUUCUGAAGAGAAAUAUGCCGGCGUCGGAUCGAAACGGAAUCGGCGCGAGCGAGAAGGGCUACGAGGAAAGACAGAUAAAGGGACGGACAUACAGUACGAGGAUGAGUCGAACGAAGACGGAUACAGAGUGCGAGAGAAUCGCAUAGACGGAGGAAGACGCGAAAGUGGGAGGAGGUAGAAGAGGAGGUGGAAAAAAAUCCGGGGAUUUACGCGGAAAGGGCAAAAUAUUCCCCGCCCAGGCCUCAUUCAACCCCCGAGUACGGGGUGGCUUUGGGUGAGAAACGUGCGCCCUCAUUGGCGGGGUGGCUAAUAUGGCGGUGUUAGGGGUUGCGAGGUGGGGCGGUUGCACGGCAUAUUAAGGGCUGCUUUCAUGUCCGACGAGCCAGUUCGUGGUGCGCCGUCGAUUGACGCAUUUUCGUUUCGAACGCCGGAGAGAGUCGCGUGCUGCUGAGACCGCUGCCGUUGUCGUCCCAACUCCUUCUUCCCGCUUGUCUUUCGGUCUCGUUCCGAGUUUUCCGUUUUCGACGUUUUUCCGGACGUACGCAUUCCGGUUGCAUCGAGACUACUCUUCUGUUGUAUCAAUCGCGCCAAAAGUAUAUUCUCCAACGAAGCUCCAUCUGUCCGCGGUCAACAGCGGGAAAUACGAUUUCCCUCGAUCCCGGGUAUAUCAUCGAUGAGAGACGAUUCUUCAGGAGUGGACUACCGUGAACUGAACACCGCCUCUGGUUACUGGUUGCAACAGUGAUUUUCAGCGACGCUGCCCGCAAGAAGCAUGGCGCAAACUUACAAUCAGAAGAGGAACGUGUACAGCAUCGAUCAAAUAUUGGGGCACGCGAAGGAUGAAGAUCACGCGACUUCGUCUGAUGCCAUGGGCGACGCUGUAGAUACCGAACUUGGUCACCUGAGUGACCAUCAGAUAAAUGAUGCCCUGCACGAUCCGUUGAGCCUAGGAGAAUCAGACCGGUUGAAUUUGGGCGAAUCGGAUAGACCGCGGAAGGUCCGAAGAUCUCGAACGACCUUUACCACUUAUCAGCUACACGAGCUCGAGAAAGCCUUUGGGAACACGCAGUACCCGGACGUCUUCACCAGAGAGGAGCUUGCGAUGCGACUAGAUUUAUCCGAAGCUAGAGUGCAGGUUUGGUUCCAAAAUCGUCGCGCGAAAUGGCGAAAGAAGGAAAAGGUGUUGGGCAGAGAUACGAACUUCAUGCACGUGGAGCAAACCGGUGUCAACGAGCUGUCCCUUCACGCCCGCUUGCUCCAAACCGCCGGCGGUGUGCCAGGUGCGGAUCCAUCGGGUGGACCGACGGGCGCGUUUCCCUGGUUCAUCCCGCCGGUGUUCCCACCGCCGUGGCCGGCCAGCGCACCCAAAUUGCCCCCGUUGCACGCGAUCCUGUCCCAGUACAUCGGGCUGCCCCUACCACAGAACCUGGCGUCUCUGAGCACGGUGCUUCCGGUUGGGUUAAAUCCGGCUUCAUCGUUAAACCACAACAACGUGAACGGGCACACGCUGGGAAGCCACAUAACCGGACACCCGCUGAACCUGGGCGUGCAGAAUCUGCCUCAGAAUCUGAGCUCGAAACACGACAAGGAAGAGGACUCCGCGUCGUCCGACGACGAAAUCAGGAGGCAGAGCGCAGAGGUGCUCAGAGUCAAGGCGGAGGAAGUUCUACGCAAGGUGGACAACUAACUAUGAAAGUUAGGGUACAUGUUCGCGCAUGUAAAUACGAAGAUUGCGAUGAUUUUCAAAGGUCGCAAAACGGAGCUCGAGAUAUUGAUACGCUCAUACGUUGACUUUUGAUUUAGACUGGGACAAUAGAGAGUGGUUAAUGUUGAAUUUGGGAUAUAGGACUCUGAGAAUUUUGCUGACUGCUUGUCUGAUUUGUUUUCAGUCGUCGAAACCGCUGGCGGUUUUACGAGUGUUUAGAAUCUUCUAUUCCAAUUUUAUGUUUGUCUGCCAUUUUCGUAUGAACGAUUUACCAUACGAUUGGCAUUGGAGUAUUCUAAACAUUCUUUCAAAGUGAUAAAUCUCAGCUGCGGUCACCAAUAUUCUUAGAGGAAAUCCAUUUUCACGGGAAUCAAAAAGGAUCGAUACGGAUCAAUAAAAGAUGAAGAACUUUUGUAACAUAUGUAUGUAUCAUACGUAAACAAGCAUAUAUAUUAUGUAUAGAUCACACGCAUAGUUUCUUUCAUGUAAAUAUGUAGUUAAUUAAUAAUACCAAGAGAAAUAUA